UGGUCUGGCACACCCUCAGGGACUCUGCUCUGGGGUUCCAGCUCUCCUCCGGAGGACGCAGCCUGCCUUGUCCUGAGCAAGAUGGUUCUCAAAACGGAGGAAGAGGAGGUGCCCAGUGACCUGACCGCAGAGGAGCGGCAAGAACUGGAGAACAUACGGCGGAGGAAACAGGAGCUGCUGGCUGACAUUCAGAGGCUGAAGGAUGAGAUAGCAGAAGUAGCUAAUGAGAUUGAACACCUGGGGUCCACGGAGGAGAGGAAAAACAUGCAGAGGAACAAACAGGUAGCCAUGGGCAGGAAAAAAUUUAACAUGGACCCUAAAAAGGGGAUCCAGUUCCUGAUCGAGAGCGACCUGCUGAAGAACUCGUGCGAAGACCUCGCGCAGUUCCUGUACAAGGGCGAAGGGCUCAACAAGACGGCCAUCGGCGACUACCUGGGGGAGAGAGAUGAGUUUAACAUCCAGGUUCUUCACGCAUUCGUGGAGCUGCAUGAGUUCACGGAUCUGAACCUGGUGCAGGCGCUACGGCAGUUCCUGUGGAGCUUCCGGCUCCCUGGAGAGGCCCAGAAGAUCGACCGGAUGAUGGAGGCCUUUGCGCAGCGGUACUGCCAGUGCAACCCCGGGGUGUUCCAGUCCACGGAUACUUGUUACGUCCUCUCCUUUGCCAUCAUCAUGUUGAACACCAGCUUGCACAACCCCAACGUCAAAGAUAAGCCCACUGUGGAGAGGUUCAUUGCCAUGAACCGCGGCAUCAACGACGGAGGCGACCUGCCCGAGGAGCUGCUCCGGAAUCUGUAUGAGAGCAUAAAAAACGAACCCUUUAAAAUCCCAGAGGACGAUGGGAAUGACCUCACUCACACUUUCUUCAAUCCAGACCGGGAAGGCUGGCUGCUGAAGCUUGGUGGCAGGGUCAAGACUUGGAAGAGACGCUGGUUCAUCCUGACGGACAACUGCCUUUACUACUUCGAAUACACCACGGAUAAGGAGCCCCGGGGAAUUAUCCCGCUCGAGAAUCUCAGUAUCCGGGAGGUGGAAGACUCCAAGAAACCAAACUGUUUUGAGCUCUACAUCCCUGACAAUAAAGACCAGGUGAUUAAGGCCUGCAAGACAGAGGCCGACGGCCGCGUGGUGGAAGGGAACCACACCGUGUACCGGAUCUCGGCGCCGACGCCCGAGGAGAAGGAGGAGUGGAUUAAGUGCAUCAAAGCGGCCAUCAGCAGGGACCCUUUCUACGAGAUGCUCGCGGCGCGGAAGAAGAAGGUGUCCUCCACCAAAAGGCACUGAGUGACGUGUGCAGGCCCCGGCCCGGCCGGCGGGAGGGGCGCCGCGGGGCGAGUCCCUCGGCUGGCUUCAGCUUUGCUCUUUCCUAAGCGGGAGAAGGGGUGGGACACGGGCGCCUGCGAGCGCGGGCUCCUGAGCCGUUCCCUCCCUGGCGAGUCUGCUCAGCAGGUCUGAUCAGAGCCCGGAGCCCCUGCGCCACGAACACACACCUCAGCUGUUCUCACAGGAGGAGAAGCCACGGACGACAAAAGCCCUUGUUUUUUCUUGCUAUUUUUUUUUCAAACAGUGCCGUUGAGGUGCGCCCUGCGCUGUCUGUGCGGGGCUCCCUGGGCCGACGCCUGGGCCCAGGGCAGGGCCAGGCUGCCUCGGCCACGCUCCCCGGCCGCUGGUGGCUUCUCGGGGCGAGUGUGAGGGGUGCGAGCCGGGGUGGGGCCAGCAGCCAUGGAGGCCUGGCCGGCAGCGGGCGGCACCUGCACCGGGGAGAGGGGAGGGCCCACUGCACCUGUGGGGGUUUCCCCUCGUGGGCUGCGAAGCAGGAAGUCCCCGCUUUCCUCGGAACCAAAACUGUGAGGGAGGUGGUCCCGCCCCGGCUCGGGACGGCCCCGCCCCGCUGGCCACGCCUGGGUGUCUUCCUCUCCCCCACUCCUGUCCUCGUUCUAGAGGGAGGGGUCGCUCUCACCUGAUCCCCCAGGGCUUCAGCUUGUUCUGCCUCAAAACCAGCCCUGACUGGACCAUGCUGGGUGCGUUUGGCGGUGGGCCUGGCAGAGGGGGAGGGGGGGGAGGCCGCGGGUGUGAGGGGAGCCGCGAAUCUCAGGGACUCUCAGGGCAGCUCCCGCCCACGGCCCGGUGGCAGGCCUGUCCAGGUGGAGCAGGGGCCCAGGCCCCGGGCGUCGCAGGGCGUGGCCUGCACGGGCCCAGCGUCCAGGCCCCUCUGCUGCCCUCAGGGCCGGUCGGCAUCUCUGAAAUCAGCUUUUGCAGAGGGGGCAGUGGGUGGGGCGGGGCACGUCUGGCCCCGCCGGGUGUCCGAGCUGGAGCGCUUGGAGCUGGGAGCAGGGCGGCAGCCGGAGCGCAGCGGGGCGGGGCCGGCGGGAACCCUCGUGCCUGCCGGGACCCUCGUGCCGGCGUGCCGUCAGGGACCCUCCUGCGGCCCCCUGAGCGUUGCCGCAGAGGGGACCUGGGCAGGAUCAGUCUAUUUAUCAGAGGUGUAAAUAAUCCAUGUAUAGUUUUUCGCUUUUUAGAUUAUUUUGUAUUUGUUUAAAAAAAGUUUGUCAAAAUACAAAAUAUAAAGAAAUGACUGGAAGUCGUUGACAGGGUUUUUAAAGAAAUUAUAAUUAUUCUGGUUGACUUAGUUGUUUUCGCCUUGUAAGCUAGCGCCGAGGAACCGCAGCAAAUAAACUGACUCUGCCCA